CCGAUGAGAGGCGGGGCUACGGUGUCCGCGGGAAACCCCAGUCAGCCGCCUUCUACUAGGUUCUGCUGCAGGAAUGGCGGGCUUGGGGAACCUGGUCCUGCGGCCCUGGAUUCGAGAGCUGAUCCUGGGGUCAGAAACACUUUCAAGUCCACGAGCCGGGCAGCUGCUCAAGGUAUUGCAGGACGCAGAGACCCCGGGCCCAUCCCACGCGCCUGUUGCCCCUGACGCCGGGGCUAUGCUGCUUGUGUCGGACGGGACCCACAGUGUCCGGUGCCUGGUGACGCGCGAGGCCCUGGACACCUCGGACUGGGAGGAAAAAGAGUUCGGAUUCUGUGGAGCUGAGGGUCGGCUACUGCUACUGCAGGUCUGCGGGGUCCGCAUCCAGGUCGCCGAGGGCUGCACGCCUGCAGAGUUCUACCUCCAAGUGGACCGGUUCAGCCUGCUGCCCACUGAGCAGCCUCGGGUACUGGUUACUGGUUGCAACCAGGACUUGGAUGUGCAGAAAAAGCUGUAUGACUGCCUUGAGGACCACCUUUCAGAGUCCACCUGUUCCAAUGCAGGCCUAACACUGUCCCAGCUUUUGGAUGAAGUGCAGGAGGACCAGCAGCAUCGGGGGGCACUAGUACAUCUAGCUGAGAGCUGCCUAGUGCUGACAGGCCCUUGCACAGCACCCCCACUCACCCACUGGGCUGCCUCACGCUGCAGGGCCAUGGGAGAAGCUGUGUACUCUGUCCCCAGCUUAUUGCUGCACAUUCCUGAAAAUGACCAGCAAAUUCUAAGCUCUCUGGGCUCAAGUCAGAAGGUACAAGGAACUCCUGCCUUAACCUGUCACAUGCCAUUGGAGGAAAGCAGUGCCAGCAUCAGCCUUCUGCCUGCCCUGCCUUUGGCUGCCCCGGACCUGGUACAGAAGCACAGCUCCCAGUCCCUUCCUGCCAUCUGCUCAGCCUCUGGAUCCCCGCCCUUCAGUUCCCCACACCCCAGUCAUACAUCCAACUCCCCACUUCUGAGCUGCACUCCCAGUCUCUCGCCCUUCGACCAUAACCCCAGUCCAUACCAGGCCCAUGUGACCAGGGCCCAUAAACUUAGCCUGGAGUUCAGAGAGCUAGGGUUGCCCCACAAGAACCAGCAGUCUUUUCCAAGGACUGGAGCCAAGGGAGUCCAGGAGCCCUGCCCUGUCUGGGACCCCCCAAAGAGGCAUCGUGAUGGUUCCACCUUCCAAUAUGAGUAUGAACUACCAUGUGCCUCCCUCUGUGCUCAGGUCCACGCUGUCAGGCUCCCUCCCCAACUUGUGGCAUGGGCCUUGCACUUUUUGAUGGAGCCACCGCCAGAGUCUGAGCUAACUCAAGUGUGAGGAGUCAUGCAGGCACAUCAGAGGAUAUGCAUGUACAGAUCUGUGUCUAGGUGUGGACAAACUUAUGUAGUCUGCUUCCUUCAAGUUUUUUAAUAAAAUAAUCUCAUGCGGCAAGAGAA